AUGGACGUCCACACCCGCUGGAAAGCGCGCAGCCCGCUCUGUCCGGGCGCCCGGCUCCCGGUCCCAACGCCGCUGCUGCUGCUGCUCCUGCUGUGGGCGCCGCCCCCGAGCCGCGCAGCUCAGCCCGCAGACCUCCUGAAGGUUCUAGAUUUCCACACCUUGCCCGACGGCAUAACCAAGACCACGGGCUUCUGCUCCACGCGGCGAUCCUCCCGGGGCCCGGACGUGGCUUACAGAGUCACGAAGGAUGCCCAGCUCAGCGCGCCCACCAAGCAGCUGUACCCCGCGUCUGCGUUCCCCGAGGACUUCUCCAUCCUCACCACGGUGAAGGCCAAGAAGGGCAGCCAGGCCUUCCUGGUGUCUGUGUACAACGAGCAGGGCAUCCAGCAGCUCGGCCUGGAGAUGGGCCGCUCCCCCGUCUUCCUGUACGAGGACCACACGGGGCGGCCGGGCCCCGAGGACUACCCCCUCUUCCGCGGCAUCAACCUGUCCGACGGCAAGUGGCACAGGAUCGCGCUCAGCGUCCACAAGAAAAACGUGACCCUGCUCCUGGACUGCAAGAAGAAGGCCACCAAGUUCCUGGACCGCAGCGACCACCCCGUGGUGGACACCAACGGCAUCAUCGUGUUCGGCACCCGCAUCCUGGACGAGGACGUGUUCGAGGGCGACAUCCAGCAGCUGCUCUUCGUCUCGGACCACCGGGCGGCGUAUGAUUACUGCGAGCACUACAGCCCCGACUGCGACACCGCCGUCCCCGACACCCCCCAGUCCCAGGACCCCAACCCGGACGAAUACUACCCGGACGGCGAUGGGGACAGCGCGCCCUACUACUACGAGUACCCCUACUACGAGGACACCGACGGCCCCAGCCAGGCGCCCGCCGCCACGGCGCCCGCGGAGGCCGCCAAGGAGACCACGGAGGUGGCCGAGGAGCUGACUCUGCCCCCCACGGGGGCCCCGGCCGUGCCCGACGCCAGCGAGGGGGCCGGGAAGGAGGGCCUGGACCCGCCGGACUAUGACUACGUGCCCAGCGAGGACUACUACACGCCGGCCCCGUACGAGGACGGCUACGGCGAGGGCCUGGGCGCCGAGGUGCUCCCCGGCGCGGCCGGCGCCGCCAACGCCUCCAACCCGGCCCCGCCCCCGGGGGAGGGGAAGGAGGACCUGGACGCGGACUUCACGGAGGAGACCAUCAAGAACCUGGACGAGAACGAGAGCUACUACGACCCCUACUACGACCCCACCGUGUCCCCGUCCGAGAUCGGGCCGGGCAUGCCCGCCAACCAGGACACCAUCUUCGGGGGGAUCGACGGGCCGCGGGGCGAGAAAGGGCAAAAGGGAGAGCCUGCCAUCAUCGAACCCGGCAUGCUCUUGGAGGGGCCCCCAGGCCCCGAAGGCCCCGCGGGCCUCCCAGGACCUCCCGGGACCAUGGGCCCCACCGGCCAAGUGGGCGACCCUGGAGAACGGGGCCCCCCUGGGCGCCCAGGCCUGCCGGGGGCUGACGGGCUGCCCGGCCCCCCCGGGACCAUGCUCAUGCUGCCCUUCCGCUUUGGAGGCAGCGGCGAUGCCGGGUCCAAAGGCCCCAUGGUCUCCGCCCAGGAGUCCCAGGCCCAAGCCAUCCUGCAGCAGGCGCGGCUGGCGUUGAGGGGCCCAGCCGGCCCCAUGGGUCUGACCGGGAGGCCCGGCCCCGUGGGCCCCCCCGGGAGCGGAGGCCUGAAGGGCGAGCCGGGCGACAUGGGCCCGCAGGGCCCCCGAGGGGUGCAGGGCCCGCCCGGCCCGACCGGAAAGCCUGGACGAAGGGGCCGGGCUGGCAGUGACGGCGCGAGAGGGAUGCCUGGCCAGACCGGCCCCAAGGGUGACCGCGGCUUCGACGGGCUGGCGGGGCUGCCCGGGGAGAAGGGCCACCGGGGUGACCCUGGUCCCUCGGGCCCCCCGGGACCCCCCGGAGAAGACGGAGACCGGGGUGACGACGGAGAGGUCGGGCCCCGAGGGCUGCCCGGGGAGCCGGGGCCGCGCGGGCUGCUGGGGCCGAAGGGCCCCCCGGGCCCCCCGGGACCUCCCGGCGUGACGGGGAUGGACGGCCAGCCGGGCCCCAAAGGGAACGUGGGUCCCCAGGGAGAGCCCGGCCCCCCCGGACAGCAGGGCAACCCCGGAGCCCAGGGCCUGCCAGGCCCCCAGGGUGCCAUCGGGCCCCCAGGAGAGAAGGGCCCCCUGGGGAAGCCGGGCCUCCCAGGAAUGCCGGGCGCCGACGGACCCCCGGGGCACCCCGGCAAAGAGGGCCCCCCCGGGGAGAAAGGAACCCAGGGCCCCCCUGGCCCCCAGGGCCCCAUCGGCUACCCCGGCCCCCGAGGAGUCAAGGGGGCGGACGGCAUCCGCGGACUGAAGGGCACGAAGGGCGAGAAGGGCGAAGACGGCUUCCCGGGGUUCAAAGGCGACAUGGGCAUCAAGGGGGACCGGGGGGAGAUCGGCCCCCCGGGCCCCCGAGGCGAGGACGGCCCCGAAGGCCCCAAGGGGCGCGGCGGCCCGAACGGCGACCCCGGCCCGCUGGGCCCCUCUGGGGAGAAGGGAAAGCUCGGCGUCCCCGGGCUCCCGGGCUACCCCGGCCGGCAAGGGCCGAAGGGCUCCAUCGGAUUUCCGGGAUUCCCGGGCGCCAACGGCGAGAAGGGGGGCCGGGGCACCCCUGGGAAGCCGGGACCACGGGGGCAGCGAGGCCCGACGGGCCCACGGGGCGAGAGGGGCCCGCGGGGCAUCACGGGAAAGCCUGGCCCCAAGGGCAACUCUGGAGGCGACGGCCCGGCCGGCCCGCCGGGUGAACGGGGACCAAACGGACCCCAAGGACCCACGGGCUUUCCUGGACCCAAGGGCCCCCCUGGCCCCCCCGGCAAGGACGGCCUCCCGGGACACCCCGGCCAGAGAGGCGAGACCGGUUUCCAAGGCAAGACCGGCCCCCCAGGCCCCCCGGGCGUGGUCGGCCCUCAGGGUCCCACCGGAGAGACGGGCCCGAUGGGCGAGCGUGGCCACCCCGGGCCGCCGGGCCCGCCGGGCGAGCAGGGCCUCCCGGGCCUCGCCGGGAAGGAGGGGACGAAGGGGGACCCCGGCCCCGCCGGCCUGCCCGGGAAGGACGGCCCCCCAGGACUGCGCGGCUUCCCCGGGGACCGCGGGCUCCCGGGCCCAGUGGGAGCGCUCGGACUGAAGGGCAGCGAGGGGCCCCCCGGCCCGCCGGGCCCCGCGGGAUCUCCCGGGGAGAGAGGGCCGGCCGGAGCUGCCGGGCCCAUCGGGAUUCCAGGCAGACCUGGCCCCCAGGGACCCCCGGGGCCCGCCGGCGAGAAAGGAGCGCCGGGUGAGAAAGGCCCACAAGGCCCCGCCGGCCGCGACGGCCUCCAGGGUCCGGUGGGGCUCCCCGGCCCGGCCGGCCCCGUGGGCCCCCCCGGAGAAGACGGGGACAAGGGAGAGCUCGGGGAGCCGGGGCAGAAGGGCAGCAAGGGGGACAAAGGAGAGCAGGGUCCGCCCGGGCCCACGGGCCCUCAAGGCCCCAUCGGACAGCCGGGCCCCUCGGGAGCCGACGGAGAGCCGGGGCCCCGCGGCCAGCAGGGCCUUUUCGGGCAGAAAGGGGACGAAGGCCCACGAGGGUUCCCCGGGCCCCCGGGGCCCGUGGGGCUGCAGGGCCUGCCGGGGCCGCCGGGAGAGAAGGGCGAGACGGGGGACGUGGGCCAGAUGGGCCCGCCCGGCCCCCCCGGCCCCCGAGGGCCCUCCGGAGCGCCCGGCGCUGACGGGCCGCAGGGGCCCCCCGGAGGAAUCGGCAACCCCGGAGCCGUGGGGGAGAAGGGCGAGGCCGGCCCGUCGGGUGCUGCUGGACCCCCCGGCCCCAAAGGCCCGCCCGGCGACGACGGCCCCAAGGGCAGCCCCGGCCCCGUCGGUUUCCCCGGAGACCCCGGCCCCCCCGGAGAGCCGGGCCCCGCGGGUCAGGACGGCCCCCCGGGGGACAAAGGGGACGACGGCGAGGCCGGGCAGACGGGAUCACCGGGCCCCACCGGUGAGCCAGGCCCAUCGGGGCCUCCAGGAAAACGGGGCCCCCCGGGGCCCGCAGGCCCUGAAGGCCGACAGGGGGAGAAGGGAGCCAAGGGGGAAGCCGGCCUGGAGGGUCCUCCUGGGAAGACUGGCCCCAUCGGCCCCCAGGGGGCCCCCGGGAAGCCCGGGCCGGACGGCCUGCGAGGGAUCCCCGGCCCCGUGGGUGAACAGGGACUCCCAGGAUCCCCAGGCCCCGACGGCCCCCCCGGGCCCAUGGGCCCCCCAGGACUUCCCGGCCUCAAAGGCGACUCCGGCCCCAAAGGGGAAAAGGGUCACCCAGGCCUGAUCGGACUCAUCGGGCCCCCGGGCGAGCAGGGCGAGAAGGGCGACCGCGGCCUGCCCGGCCCCCAGGGCUCCUCCGGCCCCAAAGGAGAGCAGGGGAUCACUGGUCCUUCCGGCCCCCUCGGCCCCCCGGGUCCCCCGGGCCUGCCGGGUCCUCCCGGCCCCAAAGGUGCUAAGGGCUCCUCGGGUCCCACUGGCCCGAAGGGUGAGGCAGGCCACCCAGGACCCCCCGGCCCACCGGGCCCCCCGGGCGAGGUCAUCCAGCCGCUGCCGAUCCAGGCCCGCGCGCGGCGGAACAUCGAUGCCAGCCAGCUGCUGGAGGACGCCGAGGGCGAGAGCUACACCGACUACGCAGAGGGCAUGGAGGAGAUCUUCGGCUCGCUCAACUCGCUCAAGUUGGAGAUCGAGCAGAUGAAGCGGCCGCUGGGCACCCAGGACAACCCCGCCCGCACCUGCAAGGACCUGCAGCUCUGCCACCCCGACUUCCCCGACGGCGAAUACUGGGUCGACCCGAACCAGGGCUGCUCCAGGGACUCCUUCAAAGUUUACUGCAACUUCACGGCCGGGGGCGCCACGUGCGUCUACCCCGACAAGAAGUCCGAGGGGAGUAAGAUGGCCCGCUGGCCCAAAGAGCGGCCGGCCACCUGGUAUAGUCAGUUCAAGCGCGGGUCGCUGCUGUCCUACGUGGACGCCGAGGGCAGCCCGGUGGGCGUGGUGCAGAUGACCUUCCUGCGGCUGCUGAGCGCCUCGGCCAGCCAGAACGUCACCUACAACUGCUACCAGUCGGUGGCCUGGCAGGACGCGGCCACGGGCGGCUACGACAAGGCCAUGCGCUUCCUGGGCUCCAACGACGAGGAGAUGUCCUACGACAACAGCCCCUACAUCCGCGCGCUGGUGGACGGCUGCGCGACCCGGAAGGGCUACCAGAAGACGGUGCUGGCGAUCGACACGCCCAAGGUGGAGCAGGUGCCCAUCGUGGACAUCAUGUUCAACGACUUCGGCGAGGCCGCCCAGAAGUUCGGGUUCGAAGUGGGGCCCGCCUGCUUCCUGGGCUAG